AUGAUGCUUGCUCACCGAGCAGCCCGAGCAUCACUGCUCGCUACUCGCAGAACACCACUUUUACUCACCUCUUGCGCACGAACACUUCACGCAACUCCAUCACAGCUCAAAUCUUCACUCGACCCAUCAUCAUCCUCCACCACUCCCACACCACCGCCUUUCGCCCCAGCUCCCACCUCUUCGUCUCCCAAAAAGAAUUUGGGGAAAGAGGAAGGAACCAUAGCAUCCGUCUUUGCCUCGCUAUCCGGUGGAAUACUUGAAGAUGCACUCCCCGAUCGAUUUUCCCAACUCAAGCAAUCCCUCAUCUCCUCGCCCCAACAUGUCGAACACUUGAAGAGUACUUGGAAGAGCGUGCUCUCCUCACUCUCUGCCAAGGUCGCUGAAACAGAAAGGCUCGGAGGAGGGUGUAUUCCCGAGAUCACCUAUCCUUCUGGUUCCUCUUCCGUUGGCCCACUCGAAAGCUGGACAGACAAAGCCACCUUCCAGGCGAUCAAAGACCGAGGUGUAGCAGUCAUCCGUAACGUCAUCCCCUCUCGCCAAGCUUUACAGUGGGAGGAAGAUAUCAAGUCCUACGCAAAGCAAAAUGGAGCAAAAGGCUUCCCAGCAUCCAAUCCUCAAGUCUACGAACUCUACUGGACCCCCGCACAGCUCGCUGCUAGAUCGCAUCCUAACCUUCUCACCACUUCUCAACGGUUUCUUUCGUUGUUCCGCAAACCUUCCACUCCCACCUCAACCUGUACGGGUGUUGAGACAGCAUGCUCACUCACCAACCCGCUCACAUACGUCGAUCGACUGCGCAUCCGUCAGCCAGGAGAUGCGCAGUUCGCACUGGGAGCACACAUCGAUGGAGGCGGUGUUGAGCGAUGGGAAUGUUCAAACUUUCGCGGGUUAUGGUCAAACAUCCUCCAAGAUGGUUCCAACUGGUCCUCCCACGAUCCAUGGUCACUAGGCGAGGGAGGAGAAAGAAUGACAGCAAGGACGGACAUGUACGAUGGUCCAGGUCAAUGCGGAGUUUUCCGCCCUCUUCAAGGCUGGCUUUCUCUCUCACAUACCCGUGCUGGAGAAGGAACCCUUCGCGUACUCCCCUUCCUCCGAGAAAGUACCGCAUACAUCAUCCUCCGACCUUUCUUCACACACCUCAAACCCGCAUCCUCCUUCUCCAGCCCUUCACAAUUCUUGGAUGCGUCAAAUUGGGUUUUCGACGGCACAUCGCGGAAAUUCCCAGGCUGCAGUCUAGGACACAACAUCGAACUCAGCCCGGAAACGCACCCUCACCUGGAGCUGGAGAAGACAAUGGUCUCCAUCCCAGAUGUAAGACCAGGGGAUAUGGUUUUGUGGCACUGCGACGCGGCUCAUAGCGUGGAGAAGAAACACGGUGGGGUGGGGGAUAGCAGCGUUUUGUAUAUUCCGGCUAUUCCGACUACAAAGGUGAAUUGGGAAUAUGUGAUGGAGCAGAAAAAGUGUUUUGAUGAGGGAAGACCGCCACCUGAUUUUCCUGGAGGUAGUGGGGAGAGUGGGUUUAAGAGGAGAGGGACCGAGGAGAUGGUGAACGGCGGAUUGGCGAGGACAAGUAUGGGUUUGGAGAGGUUUGAUCUGAGGAUGGCAGAGAAUGAGGAGGAGAGGAGGUUGUUGGAGUGGUGCAACGCGAAUAUGUAG